AUCAGAAGAAGAAGAAGAAGAUUCGCGCCAUGUGAAAAGCUGUGAAGUAACAUGACAAUGGCGUCGUCAAGCAGAAACGGAAACAAACAAAUUAGUGACGAGCAAAUCAUCAACCGCUGGAGCUUCGACUUUUACGUUUCUAAAGCUUUCGAGGCGUUUAGAAAUGAAGACUAUGAGAACUUCUCCCAGCUCAGGAACCUUAUCGAAAGUUUGGUGGUCAGACCCAUUGAUGGACACACUGACUUGACCAUCAAACUGCGAUUCAUGCAGUUCCUCUCACGGAUAAACGACGGGGACAAUCUUGAUGUUACAUUUCAGAAGCCUCUAACACCUUUAGAAUCAGCACUGAGUGUGCUGGAGUCUAUCUGUACAGAAAUGGAUGUUGCCCAAAACUUACUUGAACAAGUUCACACAUCAAUCAGGGAAAUGCUUAUUGUUGUUUGCAUAAAGAGCAAACAAUUUGAAAAAGCUCAAGAGAUGCUGCUUAAACACUUUCCCAAAGGAAUGGAUUCAGCUGGCAAGAAAAAGCUGUAUAUAGAUCUGAUGAAAAGGCGAUGCAGCAAGCAUUCUGUUCUGAAUAUGAAUUCAUACAGUGAAUUCAAACAGGACAUGCUGGAUUUCAUCGAGAAACUCUACCCCAUUCCCGAGCCUUUUCUAGUCAAGAUGGUCAAGUUAUCGAGACAAGGAAGGACUGUAGACAGUGGGGCUGUACAUAAGCCUCAAGCUGUUAGGACUACCAACGUGCAGUCAUGUACACAGGACCAUGCUACCAGUGAGCAAACAGGCAGUGCACAAAAUUCUCCAUCUAAUUCGCAGCGGAGCACACCGGCCAAAAGUAACCUAAGUGCUUGUUCCCCAGCUCUUUUGGUAACAGUGCACCUGACCCAGGGCAACCUGAAGGCCAUCUAUCCACAGCUUGCUGAGCACUUUUCUGUCUCUGUCCCCUUCAAUCAGCUGGAAGAUGAGGUGGAGUGUGAAGCACAGCAGGACAAUGGCACGGAUCAUAACAUGGAGUUUUGUCUCAAACUCGCAGAGACUCCACUUGAGUUUUUGGAAGAAAAGGAGCAGAGUGUAUGUGAAGGACUCCCCAGUGACAAUUUGCAGUCUCAGCAGCGAUGUGUUGGCCACUGUGUACAGUCUGAUGGCAGCGACCAAACGAAUGUGACUCAAAAUUACUACACAAACCAACAUGUGCAAAAGGAGCAAGAAAGAUCAAAGGACACACCUUUACUAAUCGAUACACAUGUCCAGCAUCCACCUCUUUCUUCUGCUGAGGAUGACAAAAGAAGGACUUCUGGUGUUGUAUCUGCAGUGAGUGUAGCACAGUUAGUAAUGGAGGAAGACAGCGUCUUAAAUCAAAACGAAGCCUCGGAUUCUCAACAGACUCCCAGUCCACUGCAGCUGCACUCUAAUGGAGAGGAUCCACUCAGCUCGCAGUCUGUCAGCUCUCCACCGGUCCGGAAAUACCGCAGACCAGCUUCUUGCAGGAGAAGUAUUCUCAUUGAGCCACAGCCUGCUUCCCACCAGCAGCUUGACCAGCCUCAGAAAUGUUCCACCCACAGCAGAGCGCAGAACAGCCCUCCUGCCCAAUCCACACCUAAUAAGGAAGGUCAGAAACAAGUAAAGAGAUUUCUGUACUUCAGGCCACACACACGGAGCGUAAGUGAAGAAAGUGUAGAAAGCAUUGUGCUAGACUCUCCAUCAUCAGGAAAACGGACUGCGACCACAUGUAAACGGAAGCAUUGGAUGGAUGUCUCUGGAGCCCAGGAAGAGUGGAGUGAUGAAGAGUCGCUGUUCUCUGUUUCCACUAAAACAACUGAAGGUAAAAGAUCAAGUAAUGGCCAUUCCAAAAGGAAGAGAUGGAGCGAUGAAGAGUCUGAGUGGGUGAAAAAAGGAGUGGCUCGUUAUGGUGAAGGACGAUGGGAGAAGAUUAGAAGUGCGUUUCCUUUUAAAGGACGCACCGCAGUUAACAUCAAAGACCGCUGGCGCACCAUGCUAAAAUUAAAGAUGGUAUAGAAUUGUAAAUAAGACAAUAAGCAAAUAAAACAAAUGUUGAGA